AUGCGCCUGACGAAUCUUGUAUUAACUGAUAAGGGUUUGUAUUUGAGUUUAAGAAUAAAAUUGGUGAUUUUAUUGAAAGAUUUAAAUCUCAAUACCGUUUGUCUUUCUGCUAAGGGAGCUUUAGCGUAUUGGGAAAUGUCUCAUUUAAAAUUUCGAGGUUUUUUCAUGUACAGUGGAAUAUUAUCUUGUGUAACUAUUCGAUACAGAUUAUUAGGAGCAGAACCUAAAAAGUUUAUUGGUAAUCACGCUAUUCUUAAUAGAAGUUAUCAUCGUGAUAGUAGUAGUGUAUACAACUAA